AUGGCGUCUGCGGGGAGAUGGAAGCGUCUGCUUCUUGAUUUCAUCCAUGGAACCCACACUGUCGAUUACGUACGUGAUUUCAUCACGCAGGACAACAAAAUGGCAGCCAACAAGCUAAAGAGCGUCCAAUUUUCAAAGAUUACGCUGGGAGAGACCGAGAAAUGGCUAAGACUGAGCCAUAGCAUAGAUGACCCAGAGCUUGGCAAUGUGGGUGACCUUCCAAUGUCCCAAGAACUUGUAAAUGUGCUGAGAAAAAUCGAUCACGUUCUCAGCCGAAGUGGUCCAUCUGAAGCCAACAUCCGGAUGUCGCUCAACAUGCUUCUGAUCUAUGCCCACGACAUGGCUUUCUCAGGUUUCCUCCGGUCUCCUGUCAGUAUCACAACUGAGAAGACAUGGGCUUAUGGUCCCAUACUUCAUAGCACGGAGAAGAUAAUGAUCUGUGGGAAACCUGAUUAUGUCGCGUGGUACGGAGAAAAGGAGGAGAUCGCCGUGAAUGUUCUCAUCGUAGAAGCGAAGACACGGGGAUCGGCUUCAAAUGGCUUCUCACAAUGCCUGGCGUAUAUGGGCAUCGUGCAUAACCUACGGAAGGAAGCAGACAAGCGAGACUGUACUGUCUAUGGAACAGCAUCGGACGGCGAAAUCAUUUACUUCUUGAAAAUCGAUAACAAUUCUCAGAUUCACUUCAUGUCGAACCAACAGCAUCGGAACCAUUGGUCCUGUGCCCCAAUUUGGUCUAGUGGUAUCGACAAUUUCCUUAAGGCGGCUGCAGUUAUGUCCCCAAAUCAGUCAAAGCGCUCCUCCAAUGUGCCAGUGCCCAUCACAAAGCAUAUGAAGGAACAAUCAGAUAGCACAACCGGCACCGCGGUAACUGCAAAGACCAGUCUCUACAGCGAUGGUUACCCAAUGUUGGACUGA